AUGUCUGACUCAACCCGCUCCAGCAAUGACUCUGACAGAGAAGAACAGUACCAGUUUGACUCAACGUCUGAGCCCUCACCGCCGGUUUCUCCCAGAUAUGCCAUCAACUCCCCACGGCCUGGUGAAGUUUUGCCCAGUCGUGGAAAGAAAGUGGCGUCUAAGCCCAAGGCAGAAAAGAAGGAGAAGGUGAAGAAGUUCAAGGAUGUGCCUGCUCCCACUGCUGAAGAAAUCUUUCUCUUCUAUUCUUCAGAAGAAGAUGUGGAAGUGGAGACUAGAAUGAAGAGAAAGCACCGUCUCCAGCACAUAAUCCGCAAGCCCUUUCAUGUGUUAGCCGUUGAGAUUCGGAGAAGAACGAAGGAAGCGGAGAGUGCCAACCUGUAUUUUCCGGCUCCCAAGCUGGGAAACUUCAAGAUUGCCUGCAAGGAAGGCGGACCUCACCGUGAGGAAUUCAAUAGAAGAGCUCUGCAGAUCAUCAGAGAUAUCAACUAUGUUGACCUCUCCAAGAAGCCCAAGUCCAAGAAGGCUUCAGACAUUGAAAACAGCGAUGUAUUCCUGUCUGAACCAGCCGUUGAACUACGUGGUCCUACCAGAGCAUCCAGGAUCAGAGGUUCUUCACUGCCUCCUCUUGUGCCUCGCAACAAGCCCAGUGAAGACUCCAAGGGCAAGGCCAAGGUGCCUGAGAAGAGGAAAUCCGCUGAAGACGCAGAGAAACAGUUCAAGAAGGAUCUGAAGAAAGCUAGGAAAGCCUCUGCUGUUGGACCCGGUUCCUCAUCCAAGGAUGCUGCUGCUGCUACUGCUGCCGCCAUGGCCUCUGGAGAAGUUCCAUAUCCUCCUCAAGUUGUUCACAUUGAUCCAGUUCUGCUUGCUGGUUUCAAUGAAGGAACGCUCCCGGAUUCCCUCAUGAGCCAUGUUGAAGGCCUGAUUGUUGCCAAGACUCCGGCUGAAGAAUGGGAGCAGAACCGCAGUUUGCGUGUUGCCAGGUGGUUAGAAGAAGAAGACCGUGCUGAGAAGAAAGGUGUUGAGAAGGAGAAGAAGAAGAAGGCUGAAAAGGAAGCCGAAGAGAAGAAAAGGGCUGACCUCAUCGCUCUGAAGAAAGAAAAGGAACUUGCAUUCAAAACUCAAGCUGAUCUUGAGAAGAAGAAGAAGAAAGCUCUGCUCGCUGAGCAGAUGAAACAAGCAGCCGAAAGCCUGAAGGCUGAUAAGGCUAAGAAUGAAGCAAGGAAGAAAUCCGCCGAGAAAACGCCUGAAGUACAGGGCGGAAAUGAAGAAGUUGAUUGGGAGAAGAGAGAAUAUGAGAAGACGAGGGAUGCAGCUCGUGAGACCCGUCGUGAGAUUGGUCUCAAGGCCAGACAUGAUACAGUUGCCCCCUCUAACUCUAAAGAAAGUCAGGAUUUACCUCAGACCGUCCCAUCAAAGAAGAUUACUAUGACUCGUCAGGCGUCUCAGAUCGCUGAAGUGAAGAAGACUGCCAAGGAGUUUGGUCUAAAGAUCAAAGUUCCUGCCGGAAGAAGUUCCUCCACUUCAUCAUCUGCGGCCGUUCCUCUGAAGAAAGCUAUUGACACACUUGUGCCAGAUACAUCAACAGUCAAGUUUACUUCCCUUGCUGAGGAACAGGAACAAGCUGCUUCAUCCCCCACAGUACUGUCUGAGCACACCGCUCAACAGGAAGAAGGAGAUGAGGUGCUGGGAAAGAACCAAGAAGACAUCACCCGUCCUGAGGAACCCCCCACCAGCAGCUCGUUGCCUCGCACUGAAUCAGUGGAUGCCUCUGCUGAAGAAGGAAGAACCUGUGCCUUCGAAGCUGAAGCCACUCGUGAUCUGAAUGUCAAUGACGCAGAAACUGAUGUAGAUGCCUCAGUGCCAACGCCGGAAGUUCGUGUGAAGAAAGUUGUUAAGAAGAAAAAAAUUGUUGCCCCGUCCGACCUGUCCGACCCGUCCGACCCAAAUUCCUCAAAAGAUCUGCUCAAGCCUGCGCAGAAUAAGAGACGAUCCCGACUCGCUAAGGAUCGUGAAGACAGGAGACUCUCACAGAUGCUUGUGAGAUCUCAAACUUUGUCUGAAGACAACCGCGAGCUGUUGUCUCCCAAGCCAAAGAUGCCUAUAUCCUCUGACCAAGAGAAGGUUUACUUCAAGGCCCUGAAGAACGCUGAGCUUCGCCACGUAAGGCUGGAGAAUGGGCUGAAGUAG